GCUGUUGAACAGAAACGUAUUUGCCAACCUGCACUUGCUCCAGCCUGCAACUCACAUACCAAAGCCCCAGAAGUGCCUGUGGAGAGGAGGCUACGACCCCUCAAACACCUCUGUUCGCCGUCCUCACUUUGUGAAUCCGAUGGGAAUCCUUUACUCCGAGCCCAUUUGCCAGGCAGCGUAUCAGAAUGACUUCAGGGAUUUGAAGGAGCUACUGAUGACAACCAAUGUGAACCAGCAAGACUCGCACUAUGGGGACACCGCACUGAUCGCUGCCUGCAGAGCUGGCAGGCUCGAAAUCGCACAAUAUCUGCUGAGGAAAGAAGCCAACGUCAAUCUCAGGAACAAGAAAGAGCGGACAUGUUUACAUUAUGCUGUAAGGAGAAGAUUCACUUUUCUGGACUACCUGCUGAUCAUCAUCUUGAUGCCUGUCUUGCUACUAGGCUACAUUAUAAUGGAAUCAAAGAAGAGUCGUAAUGAAAUGUUUAUAAAGAUACUGCUGAAAGCUAAAGUGGAUAUAAAUGCAACAGACUAUAAAGGUAAUUCUGCGCUUCACUACGCUUGCCGAAUGAAUAAUACACGGAUUGUCAACGUCCUCAUUAAAGCAAAUGCAGACACAUCCAUUGCCAAUAAGAAUGGAGAAACACCUGUUGAUAUUGCCACAAAAUUGAAGUUUCCAAAGAUUUUGGCUGCGCUGCACAAGGAAUCCUAGAGACUUUCUAGCAUGGAUGUUUGUACGGAACGAAUAAAUAACUUCUCUACAUCUCGA